AUGAGAAACAUCACUUCUUCAAAGAUUGAUGAAUGUCUAGAACAAUGUUUAAAAGAUUGUUCAUGUUUAUCAUUUCAACUUUGUGGUACGGCGAGUCAACUUCUUUCUUCCACCAUAACUGACGAGACAAAAAAUAUGUGCAGCAUUGUUGUCAUGGAACUGCGUGUUGUUAACUUUAAAUUACGUGCUCGAUAUGAAUAUGAACCAUUUUACAAAAACUUUCCUCGAAAUGAAACAAAUGAAACAUGGGAAGAUCACAGACUUUCAUUUGAUGCAAUGAUGAGUAUAAAAGAAGGCGGAAACACGUUAUGGCGUAUCACGUGCUCAUACGGUGACAAAGACUGGAAUAAAACAGAUUUGGUUGUUGCAACCCAUGAAAAGUACCAAUUUUGGAACAGAAAAAUAACGCUGCCGUUUGCCUAA